AACUCCCUGAACAACUUGGCCCCUGAGGCCUUCGCUGGACUGUUCACGCUCAUCCGCCUCAGCCUGGACCACAACGAGCUGCAGUUCUUCCCCACUCUGACCAUGAGCAGGCUUCCUGAGGUCACGCGCCUGGACAUGAGCCACAACUCCAUGACCUACCUCGGGGAAGAGUCCGUCUCCAUGGCGAAGCUCACGCACCUCUACCUCGACCACAUGUCGCUGCGGGACCUGUCAGAUCAGGCUCUGUCCCGCGCCCCCCUGCUCUCCCACUUGGACCUCAGCCACAAUCAGCUGCGCUACCUGGAGCCCCUCACGGGCCCCAAGGAGCUGGCUGCCCUCGACCUGACAGGCAACCCGGUGGACUGUAACUGCUACAUGCGGCCCCUGAGGCAGUGGACGGGUGUCGGUGGGGUGAAGCUCCUGGGAUCCUGCGCCGGACCUCCUCACCUCUCAGGGGAGCCGCUGCAGGACGUGGCUCCUGCGGAUCUGCGCUGCCGCAGCAGAGCGGAGACUCUGAAGGGCGAGCUUGAGAAGGCCGAUGAGAGCCCAGGAAGCCUCCUGCCCGCGGACAAGCCCAAGCAGAAAGCCACGUGUCCGGUUAACUGUGACUGCGAUAUUGAAUCCAAGCACGCCACAUGUGAGGGCCGGGGCCACACCAAAGUCCCGCGAGGCUUCGCCACCAAGCUGCAGCUGCUUGACCUGCGCAGCAACCGCUUCCACAACCUUCCUGCCGGCAGCUUCCCCGGCACCAGCCAAGUUGUCUCUCUCCACCUGGAGCUCUGCAAAAUCCACGCAAUCGAAGGCGGUGCCUUCCGGGGAAUGAAAAACCUGUUUUAUUUGUAUCUUUCUGACAAUGACCUCACAUCUUUGGAAGCCGGAGCCUUCGCUGGAGCCCCGCGGCUCACGUACCUUCACCUAGAAGGGAACCGGCUGGUUAAGUUCCCCGGACCAGCCCUGUCACUCUUACCCAGUCUGUUCGCGUUACACCUGGAGAGAAAUGCCAUCUCCAAACUCGAGCCCACUGGGUUGUUGGCCUCAGUAGCCCCCGACCUCAGGGAACUUUACCUGACCAACAACACCAUAACUGCUAUUGCUGAAGGUGCUCUGGACUCGGCUUUCCUCGGUACACUUCACCUGGAUUCAAAUAGGCUGACCGAGAUGCCCACCCACGCUCUGUCCGAGGCCCCCAACCUGGAGGAGAUCAACCUGUCUCGGAAUUCAAUUGGCUGGGUGGGGCCAAACGCAUUCAAGCCCAUAUCCCAAAGUCUGAAGAGGCUUUACAUGGAUCAGAUGGGCAUGAAGAAGAUGUCCAGGGAUGCCCUUGCAGGGCUGGGCCCCCGGCUGAGGGCUCUCACUGUGAGAGGGAACCAGCUCGAGGAACUUCCUGACCUAAGCCCACUCACCGGGCUUGAAGUGGUCGACCUGCAGGACAACCCUCUGGCGUGUGACUGUCCUCUGCUGCCGCUACGCAGGUGGAUAGAGAACAAUACUUGAGAGGUGAUGGCCACCUGCGGUCACCCACCCGAGUUCAGAGGUCAGAAGCUCAGAGACGUCCAUGCGUUCAAGUCCUGUCCAGAAAGCAGCUUUCCUCCAGUCGGGAUGGUUCUCAUGGCCUCCAGACCUCCAAAAGUGAUGAAACGCAAAACAAGCCUCUCGAAGACCACUGGAGUGAAAGCUAAGCCCGCAAAGCCUAAAGCUGGAUUUUCCAAACCAACCAAAAAUAAGCUACAGAGGAAACCUGGGGCACCAAAAGUGACCAGGAAUAAGACACCGUAAUAAAUGAAUACGACAAUUGAGACCUGUUUUUUAUUUAAGUGGUU